GCUGGGAUGAGAAGGCACAGGAACUGGUUUCCUGAAGCAGGUGAUACGGGAAGUAAUUAAUUGGCAAACAGUUGUUGCCAGCACUCUCUAUUCAAGAUGGAGCCUUUGAAAGUUUUGCUACUCCUGCUGCACUGCAAGUUCACUGUUGCCACCACAGGUCACUUUUGGCAUGUCACAGACCUCCACUGGGAUCCUGAGUACACCAUGACAACAGAUCCUCUCAAGGUGUGUCCAUCUGCUGGAUCCCAGCCAGUAUCCAGUGCUGGGAUGUGGGGAAAUUACCUGUGCGAUUCUCCUUGGAGUCUCAUAAACUCCUCCAUUUAUGCCAUGAAGAACAUUCUGCCUGCUCCAGAUUUCAUCCUUUGGACUGGUGAUGAUACGCCUCAUGUCCCCAAUGAGAGACUUGGAGAAGAAGUGGUGCUGGAAAUAAUUGGAAAUCUGACUGCUCUGAUAAAACGUGUAUUUCCAGACACUAAAGUCUAUUCUGCAAUGGGCAAUCAUGACUUCCACCCCAAGAACCAGUUUCCAGGGGAGAGGCACAGGAUCUACAACAAAACAGCUGAACUGUGGCACUCCUGGCUCAGCAGUGCUUCCCUUUCAACGUUCAUAGCAGGUGCUUUUUACAGUGAAAAGCUUGUAAACCCAAAUUCAUCAGGGCGAAUUAUUGUCCUCAACACUAAUCUGUACUACACCCAGAACAAUCGGACUGCUGGUAUGGAAGACCCGGGGGGACAGUUCCAAUGGCUGGAAGAUAUGCUGAAUAAUGCCUCAAAAGCAGGAGAAAUGGUCUAUAUUGUGGGGCAUGUUCCACCUGGCAUCUUUGAGAAGAAGCGAAGCAAGCCCUGGUUCCAAAAGCAGUUUAAUGAGCGCUAUGUGGAGAUUGUGCAGAAGCACCACAGUGUGAUAGCUGCCCAGUUCUUUGGACACCAUCACACUGACAGCUUUCGAAUGUUUUACAGCAAUACAGGUUCCCCAAUCAACAGCCUGUUUUUAGCCCCUGGAGUGACUCCCUGGAAAACAACGUUACCUGGUGUGCACAAUGGAGCCAACAACCCAGGGAUCCGGGUAUUUGACUAUGAGCGAGACACACUGCAAGUGAAGGAUAUGGUGACUUAUUAUUUAAACCUCACCCAUGCUAACGUGGUGGCCCCAAGAUGGGAGACAGAGUAUCGGCUGACGGAAGCCUUCCAGGUCCCUGAUGCCUCUGUACACUCCAUGAAUACAGUGUUGGAGAAGAUCUCUAAGGACAAACACUUCCUCCAACAAUACUAUCAAUUUAACUCUGUCAAGUAUGACCUCACGGAAUGUGAUGAGACCUGCCAGACUGACCAUGUAUGUGCAAUUCAGGAGGUUGAUUUUAUGAAAUAUGAUGAAUGCAUUAAAGUUAGGAGCUUUGGUUCUGCAUCUGCUAUCCCAGCCAAAGCUCUUGCAUUCCUCUGCUUACUCUUGGGACUCCUCAGUUUCUACAGGAGCUCUUGAUGACCCUGACUAGUCUCCAGCUAGUAAGGAAUGGUAUCCUGUCUGAUGUCGGCCUAUCCAGUUCCUAGCUAAAAACCCAGGUAAAGGCAUUCAUGUCCCCACUGUAGUGGUUGCAGAGGUCACUUCAUGAGGUAGCAGGUCAAGUUAAAGGUGAGGCUUAACUUGACCUGCUGACAUAUUCAAACCCCAGACUGUCUUUUCUUCUCUAGGAUUUCACCUCCAGAUAGACAACCCAAGAUCAGGGUGUACUUCCUAACGAGGACACAGCUAAAGUGAGUGGUACGAGGUAGUAGCAAGUUAAGCAUGGUUUAUCAAGCAAGCAAGUCGUAUUCAGUUCUUUACUGUGUGAACUUGGAUAAGUCUCUUGGGCUAAGAUUUUCCAAUAUCAGUGCCAAAACUUAGGCUAUAUUAGAAGCAGUCUAUUUCCAAAUGCUGGGAACCCAGCAAUUCUUACCUAGGUCAGUGCAUGGCUAGCGCUCCUGAAAGCACAUCAUUUGUUUAAAUUCCUUAGUGUGGAUGGCAGAGCAUGACAUAAGGCACUCAUUUUAAAUUUUUGAUUCUUAGUGACUUGGGUAUUUUUAAGGAAACCUGGGGCACUGCUUCCCCCUCACCCCACACUGAUUCCUACGUCAGGCAGGAGGGGUGGUACUCAGACCAGUCCAGCCCACCCUAUCUCCUGCCAUAGCUCAGAAGGGCACCAAAGAGCGCCAAAACUCAAAUUUGCCCAGGGCGCCGUACACAUGCACAUGAGCAGCCCAUGUCCACAGCACGACUCUCCCCCUGCCCCACCCUGCCUUAGCCUGGCCACUCCCUGCCCCUGGCAGUAGGAGUGGUGCUCAGUCCACCCCAGCCGCCCUGCCUCCAGCCACAGUUCAGGAGGAGCUGGGCCGAGCAGUAUGGAUGGCAUGGCCUCAGUCUGGGACCUUUGUUUCCAUUUUCUCUAAUCAGUUGGGACACUGGGAUGGCCCACAAAAUCCAGGACUGUCCUGGUCAAACUGGGGUGUAUGGUUACCCUAUUCAUGACUGACCUCUGCUCUGUGUCCAACCUGACUUCUUACCAUGUAAAGCACCUUGAGACACACAAAUGAACUGCAGCAUCCUAACUGUCUGUGGACACCUCCCUUCCCAUUCAUGAUCAACUCAUCCCAAUUCCCAUUCUGUCCAACAUUACAAGGAUCACCUCCUGCCCCAUCUGUUAUGUCCCACCUCAGGUUCCCUCCCAUUCACAUGUAUGUAGAUGCCUGCUUCACCUAGGGCACAAGUAGAUGCCUGCUUCACCUAGGGCAGGGGCAGGCAGUUAUUUUGGGCGGAGGGCCGCUUACUGAGUUUUGGCAAACCAUCGAGGGCCACGUGAUAGGCAGUCAGGGGGGAGAUGAAAAUUAAUUUUCUAAAUUUUUAGGGGCUCCACAGGCCAGAUAGAAUGGCCUGGUGGGCCGUAUCUGGCCCACAGGCUGCAUUUUGCCCACCCCUGACCUAGGGGGUAGGAUUAAAUGAUGGAGGUCCUUUCCAGCCAUACUUCUCUAUAAUUCUAUGAUGCAGCAGCUGCUGUUUGGGAAGGAACUGUCCAAAAAGGACUGAAUCUACCUUUACUUGACUUCAGUGCUGUUCAACACAUAGAGAUGUCAGGGAGGAGCGCCCUAUCUCAUGGACAGCCACUUGUGAUCAUGGAUAAUCAUUUUGAGAACACUUGGCUUAGGGAUUUAAACAUCCAGUCAGAUGUACUUAAUCCCUUCUGGUACAAUCAGUUCACUUCUAGGCUGAGUUGGCUCAGAGCUCUGUGAUCCUGAUAGAUAUAUACAGAGUUUACUGUAUGGAUUUUUCAGACCAUUGUUUAGCCCUUGAACCUCUGUUGUAGUAGAAGUGAGUGCUGUCAUUGCAAGAACGUAUGAUGCAAUCCGUAACAGGCAAGAUUUGCAGCAAAGUUCCCCUUUCACUGGUGCUCUACAGGGUGUGCGCGCUGGGUGAACGCUGCCCCACUCCCUUGAGAGUCACAUAGCUCUCUGGUGCCCUGGGCAUAGAAACAGGAAAUGGCAUUACAAUAGAAAACAGAUUUUUCAUAUCCAUGAUCAUUCACAACCUGCUUAGUUUGCAUCAGGUUACAUAUUUAAGAAUAUACCACUCAGCUGUCUUGUGACAUUUACUUCAGCUGGAGUACACCACUGACUGGAGAAGCAGCAUCCUCUGAAAUAAAAGCCACAGCAAACAUCUGGAGCUCCUCUGCAGUAUUAGGCAGCUGUUUGCUACAAACUAGUAUACCUAUGACUAGUUUGCAAACUCUCUUGGAAGGAGGGUUGGGAAUGUCACCCUGCAGAGUCUGGGUUCUGCUGUACAGUAUACUCAGUCCUAGUCCUAUUUUAGUGGGAUAUCUCCCAGGAGACUGAGACACACAGUGUAAGUAAGAAAAGCUUAAUGGCACUUGUAUACGUGAUGGGGGGGAGGGGAUGGAGGUCCUCUAAAAUCAAAACGGUGGGUUUUCAGUUGUGAUGAUUAAAAACCCACCGUUUCAAUUUAGGGACUUCCAUCGCUGCUACGAAAUUCUUUUUUUUUUUUUUUUUUUUUCAUGGAGCCUGCCUGCAUCUCCUGUGGCUGGGAGCAACCUGCUGGGGGGGCAAGUGGCCCUUGAGCUGCAAGGGGCCACAGUCCUUCCCUCUGCAGCAGAAGCACACCCUGGGGCUGGCCAGGCGGGGUGCUGGCAGGUGGGUGCUGCCCCUGGUUGGGCUUGGGGAAGAGUUGGAUCCAGUGAGGUGCUGCCUCUGAGUUAGGGCAGGCCAGGGCCCACUAGCAUCGUGCCUGGGUGGCCCUGGUACAUGCCACUGCCAUGGAGGGAAGCACCAAGACCUGCCCCAGCUCAGGCCAUUCAGCCUACCAGCAGCUCACAGGCAGCCUUCGCUGGAAAAAAAAAAGCAGCGAGGGGUCCGAUCCUUUUUUUUUUUCAUGGAGCUUCCCUGCCUCUCUCACAGCUUGGGGGUGUGCUGCCAGUGGGUCCUGAGCUGCAGGGGGCCCCAUUCCUUCCCUCCACAGCAGUGGCGUCCCCCAGGGGCUGCCAGGGUGGGUGGCUAGUGGGCAGGUGCUGCUCCAGCUCAGAGGCAGCACCCAGCCCAAUCCAACUGUUCCCUGAGCUGGAGCAGCAGCCUCCAACUAGCCACCUGCCUGGGUGGCCCCAGGGGGCCCUGCCACCAUGGGGGGAAGGACCAGGGCUCCCUGCAGCUCAGGGGCUUCUUGGCCUGCCAGCAGCUUGCCCCCUGGCCAUGGGAGAUGUGAGCAGGCUUCGCAAACAAAAACAAAAAAAAAGGGGGGGAUUAGGCCCCUUGCCACUUCUGCCUUUAACCCACCUCUCCUGCGGCGGGGCUGGGAAGGUGGUGAGCUGUCAAAAGGCUUCAACAUUACAAAUAGCUAUGUUGCAAACUAAACUACAUGCAGAUAUGGUUUAAUUUGCAAUGUAACAAACUCAUUUAAAUCGCAGAAAACCCUGUACAUGUACAGCGUGAUGCAAUUAAACUGCAAAAAUAGGCAAUUUUUGUCAUGUGUACAAGUGCCCUAACUGAGAAAGAUGUGUAAUAGAUUAAAUAGAACCUAAGUAGACUUUGCCACCUCACUGCAAACCUAUUUCACCUUGCUCAAGUUCCUGAAAAAAGAUUACCUUGUUUAAUCUUUGUGAUGUACCAUCAUCUUAGCCUGAAGUCAUAUUUUGCACAAAUGCACCCAGGAACCCUCCUUUUAUGCUAAAAAUGUUGCAGAGGCUCAAGCCGUGUAAAGAGGAUCUUAUUUAGGUGGCUAAGUCUGCUUAAAUGCCUACUAGGUGGAGUAGGAUUUGGCUGUAUGAAGUUAUAUCCAGUGACUGUAUAGUAUAGUAUAGCCAUGAUCAGCCUGUGUCAGUCUGAAACCUGGUCUCUUAAUAUUACCAGAAAGAGAUUUAAGAGCGUAUGUUUUCUGGGAAUCUGAAGGCAUGCAUUAGAGCAGGGAUGGACAAUUAGUUUGGCUAGAGGGCCACUUAAUGUGUCUGGGUGAGCUGUUGAGGGCCACAAGGGUAGCCCAUGCAUUUGACAGGCACCACGCCCCCUGGUUGCCAUCUAGGAACUGAGAGUCCCACCCUUAACCCCUGACCUGUUGAUAUUGGAAAUCCCUGCCUUGGCCCUCCCAGCAAGUACUUCUUUUGAGAGGGGGGGUUUGCCAUCUUCGAAUCAGAAAAAAACCCAAAUCAUAUCCUAAAACUCAAACAUCUACUAUAUAACAUAUUUUAGUUUUUUUCAAAAAAUAUUUUUGUCCUGAUACAAUAUUUUGUCCAAUACAAAUUUAUUGUAUUUUUGUAUGCAAUAUGUUUGCAAAGUGUAUAUAGAGGUGAUUGCACAAUAGCUCAAAAUAAAGUCUUCCGCUUGUA